AUGGGGCGUGGGAAAGUAGAGCUUAAGAAGAUUGAGAACACGACGAGCCGCCAAGUUACCUUCUCCAAGAGGCGGAUGGGGCUGCUCAAGAAGGCAAAUGAGCUUGCCAUUCUUUGUGAUGCGCAGGUUGGGGUCAUUGUUUUCUCUGGCAGUGGCAAGAUGUAUGAGUACUCCAGCCCUCCAUGGAGGAUUGCAAAUAUCUUUGACAGAUAUCUGAAAGCCCCCAGCACCCGAUUUGAUGAGAUGGAUAUCCAGCAGAAAAUCAUCCAUGAGAUGACAAGAAUGAAGGAUGAGAGCAACAGGCUAAAGAUCAUCAUGAGACAGUACAUGGGUGAGGACCUGGAUUCACUGACUCUGCAAGAUGUGAGUAACCUUGAGCAGCAGAUUGACUUCUCUCUGUACAAAGUUCGUCUGAGGAAGCAACAACUACUUGACCAGCAGCUGCUCGGGAUGCGCCACAGGGAGAUGGACAUUCCAGAGGACCAGAGCAACUACAUGUUCCACAUGAAUCCGGUGAGGGAUCAGCAGGGCCAGGUAGCAGACAUGAUCAACCCGAAGCUGUUCCCAAUGUGGGAUGUUGGUGAGCACAUCUACGGCCAGGACGCCGAGUCCUCCAUGACGACUCUGAAGCUCUCACCGCAGCUGCAAGAGUACAAGCUCCAGCCGCUGCAGCCCAACCUGCAGGAGACCAACAUCCAUGGCUACGUCCUCAGGCUCUGGUAA